CUCGAAUUGCUGGACGAGACUUAGCUACCCAUACCCAGCUUCUACGGCUCUCUCCACACACUCACCUACAUGCCCCGUCAGAUUUCGGUGUAUGAUUCUACCUGCAGCUGUUCUCAUUGGCGAAGUUAAUAUGCCAUCGUCUGUUCCCGCUUCACGCAGCGCGAACUCCUGAUGCCUGCACCAGCACGCUGUCUGGCGCACACUCGUUCAGCGCAAGCAUGGCCAACUCCACAUCCUCAUCGACAAAGCAAAAAGAAUACUUUGAUAUAGCAAGCCCUGCGUCAUCUUCGCCCUCGUCAACACCGGGCCUCACAGGCCAGGAAUGGGGCUUCCCGCGACAUCAAAUCAGCUCUCGAUAUCAGCCUCGACGCGGAUCAACAGCGAGCUCGAUCAGCGCGGGGGGCUCAGUGGACAUACAGCCGCAUGGUCGCCUCAGCGCUGCAAGGGAUUUGAGCCAGAAUGCUAUUUCAACACUACUGCAACCUCCAAUUGUGCGGACCGGCCUAUUGCCGCAUACCACUGCGCCCGCGUCGUCAACGCACAAACCCCCGAGCACGAAAGAUAUCCCUCCAGUUACGCUGACGAACAUUCCCCAUGUCGAACCAUCUGUGUUUAAACCCUACCUCGCACAAGUAGGCAAUUUGUACGAGUCUCGUGCAAAACACCUGACGGACGAAUCUCUCGCGUUUCCUCCGCAGUGGCCAGGAAAGUCGUCAAGGGAUGACGACUUCGCUGACGCAUCCGAUAGAAAGCUACACAGCGACCAGCGUCAGCGCCCGCAGCUGGCAAGGGAGAGCUCGGCUGGAACGAAUCUGAGUACGUCACAAUCAAGCAGACGCCGAGGCAGCGGGGCUCGACGGAGGUUCGAGGUCACGCCAUUGUCCACCAUUCCACAAGUAUACUUCGAAGAGAAUUUCCGCUUAGAAAAUCCUAGGACCUUCGACAUUGUUAGCGAGAGAUCUGAGCUGGUACGGACACCCAUUACCCAUAAUGAUGAAGGUAAGGAUGCCAAUGGUACUGCACACGCAUCCCUCGGCCCACCUCGAAAAGCGCUUGCCACGAAUGCUAUACUGCAAGAGAAGCUCUCUUGGUAUCUUGAUACCGUGGAGAUACACUUGAUAUCCUCAAUAUCUGCCGCUUCGCAGUCAUUCUUUGCCGCGCUGGGGAGCUUGAAACAGCUCCAUUCCGAGGCAGCUGAUUCAGUGGCAAAGAUCAAGAAGCUACGGGAAGACUUGGCGACAUUGGAUAAAAAGAUGGCCAUGGGUGGUCUAGAAAUCAUCAGAAUGAGGCAAAGGCGGGAAAAUUUACGAAAGCUGAAUGACGCCAUGGAUCAGUUAAAAGGCGUUGUGCAGGGCGCGACGCACUGCGAAGAGCUGGUUGACCAGGGCGAUCUCGAGUUAGCACUAGAUCGCAUGUCCGUGCUCGAAGACUAUGCCUGCGGCCAAUUACAACAAACCUCCGGAGCUGAUUCCUCGUGGUUGGUGGAGAACAGUUCUCUGCAAUUACGAGAUUUACGUCGGCUGAAAGCACUGGAAGGCUUUGCUGAAGGCAUGGGCUCAUUGCGAGCAAGAGUGGGCAAAGGAUACGAGACAAGGUUUUUGGACGCACUGAUCUCCGAUCUAAGACACCACGUUACAUCUGUAUCGAAUCAAGAGACGAUGAAAAGAUGGGCUCAGGCAUCCUUGAGGGCGCGAGGCCACGCUACCGGCCCGUCAGUAGUGCCUGCCUAUCUCCAGACAAAUAGUCAACUUAGGCAGACGCUAUCCGUUGUGGUUCACGGACUAAGCAGGUCAAAGUCGUUGACAAUCGCCAGUGCCACUUUCCGGGAUGCUAUUGUGCGAGAGAUGAAGUCGAUGAUUCGACAUCAGCUCCCUAGCUCAAGUGACGAUGAUGCCGACUCGGUUACCUCUGUUUCAACGGCGAAGAGUCGAGCACUCACACAACAAGACAAGUCCGCACGGUUAGCACGAAAUUUGCGUGCUCUUGGCCCCGAUGAUGCAGAAGAACUGUUCAUGAGGAUGUAUUGCAGCGUCGGCGAGGCGUUGAGAAGAUUGCAGACACAGGUAAAAAUGCUACUAGACGUCACAAGCGGACAAGUAUUGUCGCCAACGAGCACUGCCCCUAGAUCUCCACCUAAGAGUCCUAAUAUGGGCAGCAUAGACGCACUAUCACCUCCACAAAUUACGUCAAGACCUCGGUCCGACUCUACUCCGUUGCAGGAGGAGCUGAUGCAAGCCAUGGAUCUUUCUAGUCUUCUCGGUCAGGCAGUUGAUGCUGCCCAGACACAGGUGACAAAGAUCUUGAAAGUCCGCUCCGAGCAAAGCACCAAUCUUCCACUCGCUCACUUCUUGAGAUAUUUUACACUAAAUAGACUUUUCGCAGACGAGUGUGAAGCAAUAUCAGGUCGAUCUGGCGCAUCGCUCAAGAGUGUUGUCAACACCCAUAUCGCCGAAUAUAUAUCCUACAUGUCUCGCAAUGAGCGAGAACAACUCGAGAGGACGAUGGACAGUGACCAAUGGGCUGCAAAAGAUUUUGCGGCUUCAGACGAAAAAGUUCUUUCACAGGUAUUGGAAGCAAUGUCAAAUGACCCAAGACCAUGGAUCAGUCAUUCCUAUAUUUGGGAAGACAAUGCAGCUCAAACCCCGAGCGGGACGCCUCAGAUCAAUGGCAAUGCAGCCGCCGGAGGGUCCAAAGAACAAGCCCAGCCUGCGAUUGUCGACGAUGAGAGAUUCAUUCUCGCAAGCUCUGCAAUAUCUCUGCUUCACGGCAUUUCCCGCUAUCAAAUCCUUGUUGCUUGCAUACCUUCUAUCGCCGCGGAUGUUUCGCGCGAACUUAAUGAGUAUCUUCGAUUCUUCAACUCGCGCUUGUGUCAGUUGAUUUUAGGAGCUGGUGCAACAAAAAGCAGCGCUGCGCUCCCAAAUAUCAACACCAAACAUCUUGCGCUAGCCUCCCAGGCUCUGAGCUUCGUCAUCGCUCUGAUCCCAUAUCUGCGGGAGUUCAUGCGCCGCAGACCUGGUAUGUCCCCGGAGAAGCUUGGAGAGUACGACAAGACAAAGCGCCUUUACCAGGAUCACCAGGUGAGCAUAAAUGAGAAACUUGUUGAGAUCAUGAGCGCAAGAGCAACACGGCAUGUAAAGAGUAUGAAGGACAUAGAUUGGGAUAAUGACAGAAGUCAAGUGAGCAAGUACAUGGAAACUUUGACAAAAGAAACAAGUGUCUUGCAAAGGACACUGGGACGAUACCUGCCAGAACAUCAUGUCCGAGGUAUCAUGGUGCCUGUAUUUGCAAGCUAUAGAGAGCAGUGGGGUGAUGCGUUCCGCCAGGCACACAUCUCGACGGAAGCGGGCAAAGCACGACUUCUACGAGAUGCAGAACACUUUGAGUCCAAGCUUGGUAAAUUGGAUGGUGCGGCGGACACGGGCGCAUAUCUGGUACGAUUGGUGCGGGAGAGGACUAUUGCGUCUACUCCAUCCUCUCGUCCACUCAAUACCACUGAAGGAGAAGGUGAAUCAAAUCCUGCCGAAAAACAAACGGUCAAAGCCGCGGCAGACGCAAGCAGCAGAGAAGAUUCCACCACAUAGCAAGAUCCUCUGAGUUGAGCGUAAUCAAAAUCUAUUCCUAUUCUGACGCCGAUAGAUCUUUCAAGGGCUGAUGCUCAUUUUACAACGUCGAUGUCUGGUGGGGUUUUAUUAUGCUUCUUGUACCCUACUGGCGACUUUCGAUCCCCAGAUAGAGCGUACUCAUCUCAGUAAACUUGCAUCAGAGGAGUUAGAUUGUCCCGCCCAAAUGGGCUUUCUCUGUGAAUGGCAUGGUGGCUAAUAAAUAAAGAUCACACAUCAAGCAUCAAUGACGCUGCUCAUCGCACAGCUAACUUUUUCAGCAAGUCUCGGAAAUGUGAUAUAUGAAAACCAGCAAGACUAGAAGAGUGAUCAACGGAUUUUCUUUCCGAGCAUUAGAAUUUCGGAUCGAUAAGUAACGUUAAAGUGGCACUGGCCCUAUCCAGCAAGCAGGACUGCAAGUCUGUAACUUACAAAGCAAUUAGCCCACUUUUAUCUCGGACUUAGACCUUCCCGUAACAAGUCGUGCUAUUUAAAGGAACUCCAAGCCCCUUUUAAGGUCUGCUUCUCCGUUAUAGAUCAGAUUGAGAUCAGUCAUCGUAUUUA